AUGAGCCGACAGUCGAAUUUCAGAGACCCAGUGCCCACGAGUAAGAGUAGAAAUGACAGGCCUCAAAGCAGUGGAGAGAGCGAGAAGGGCAUGUGGUCGUCCAUGCUGGACAGCGUUGCCAGGGGGAAGAAGCUGCCAGAGAAAGACUUGGUAGUCCUAGGAGGGACCCCGGACACACAGAAAGAGCUCCUUGAGAUCUUGUCCUCUGAUGCUCCCAAACGCCCUCAGGACCGGCAUAAGAGGAAGCCGGUGAUUGCCAAUGAAUUCGCCUUGGGAUAUACAUAUCAGGAUGUGCUAGAUGCAGAUCAAGAAGAUAUACUUGCCAGACUAUCAAUAUACUUCCUCCCUGAGUCUUCGCCUACCUUCGCCCCCCUCUUGAAACCGCUAUUUACACCACAAUCCAUACCAGAGACACUCUUGAUCAUACUACUUGACUGGAGCGAACCAUGGCGUUGGGUUCGGCAAAUAAAAAAUUGGAUUACGAUGAUACGAGACAUUACUUCGUCUCUCGGCGAUGCGCCUACGGAGUCAAUGGAGCGGACGAUGAAAGAGUGGCAGCAACGUAAAAGAGGGAUAUCGGCAUAUGAUACUGGGAGUACAGGCAACGAAGGCAGUGUGACUCUUCCAUUGAGCCAAGGGGAGUGGGAUGAGCCGCUAGGGCUGCCACUGUGUGUAGUCUGUCACGGAGCAGAUAAGGUCGAUGCCCUCGAAGUGGAGCACGGCUGGAAAGAAGAGGAGUUCGACUUCGUACUACAAUUCCUCCGCACCAUAUUGAUGAAGCAUGGUGCAUCCCUAAUAUACACCUCAACAUCCUCCCCAAACUCCCUCCCAACGCUCAUCCACUCCACACUAGGCAUACAUUCUCAGCUAAAAAAGCAAACCCUCAAGCACAACGUAAUUGACAGAGACAAAAUUCUUGUCCCACCAAAGUGGGAUUCAUGGGGCAAGAUACGCGUCUUACGCGAAGGUUUCGACGUCGAAGGCACAAGCAGCGGGUGGAGUAUUGACAUUGAAGCUUCUGUCUCUACAGCAGCCAAUGGCGAUACGGAAACCAACGACGCCGAACCAGACUCUUCAACAAGCCCAAAAGGCGCUGUCCUUCCCACCUACGAAUCCACCAUCCCUAAUCCUCACGCAUACUCAUCUAGCCAACUCAGCAAACCAGGCAUCGAAACAUCAACCCCAACAAACCAGGCAUUCCUCACAACUCAACUCGAAAUUCUCGAAAAGCUAAAGGCCGAGGAGGAAGCAGCCGCUGCUUCCUCCGAAAGGGACCCCAACAGCAGCACAUUCAGCAACGCUACCAACAAGCCCCACGACGAGCGCGUAAACGAGCAUAUAGGCCCCGUACAGGUCAACAUGGGAGGUAUACAAGUCGAUGCUGACGAUAUGCUUAAGAAGCUCAGAAGUAGGAAAGAGGGAGCGGAGGGUGACAGUAGGACGCCAGAGGCGAAUACCGAGAAGGCGAACAAGAGUCCGGAUGACAUGAAGAGGGAGAACGAAGCACUGAAUUCGUUCUUCGCGGGAUUGAUGAAAAGAGGAGCUAGUGGGACUCCGAGAGGUACGCCGGCGAAGAGGGAUGCGAGCAGGGAUAGUAGUGGUACGCCAAGUAAGAAGGCGGCUGCCAGGGAUUGA